AUGGCCAACGCUGAGCAAGCAAAUGUCAUGAAUGGAGAUGGUCCUCUGUCGGCCUCUCCUGCAAGACACCCAUCAAUCUCCCUCCAGGCUGCUGCCACCCUGAACGCUGGUUUACAGCGUGAGGCGCCGGUCGAAGGUUUAAGAUCGCCAAAUGUGCCCUUGUCUCCUCGUCAUCCCUCGCCAAGCAGUAGUCGCCGCCGUUCCCAGGUCCUCAUGAAUCUUCAGAUCGCUGAUCCUUCGAUGCCGGCACCCGGCGAGAUCGUCUCGGACAACCAGCAGAGCAAUUAUCAAGCAUCUAGUCCCCGUACUGUUUCUGCCUCGCCUCGCCUGAUUGCAUCACACCACAAUCGAACUCCUAGCCUUGGCGAACUACACCAGGAACUGGAGAACGAGCAAGAGUUCCAAGUCAACCGACUCCUCGCUGAGAUCCGGCGGCUGCAGGAGCAGCUCAACCGCCAACAGCAGCAGAACCAGGCCCAGAGCGAGUCGGCAGUUUCGGGAGACGAGGCAUCCGACCGAGCUGUACCCCUUCCGAUAUCGACUUCUUCGCCGCGGCCGCUCUUCCCAAGCUCUGGUUCUCUCCCACGGUCGCCCGUCUUCCCGCGUAGCUCCUUUGAUAUGGCCCGAGGCGACUUGCGUAACCGCUCGAGAACCCCGAGUCGCACCGCGUCGCCCAGGUUACGCUCCACUUCCAUUAGCGCAGACAGCGGGGAGCCGUUUGUCUUGGGAAGCCGCGAUGAAAGCGCCUUCUAUCAGGCGGAGUCUCAGAUGCUUAUUCGCGAGAACCAGAUGCUUCGACAUCGAAUCCGGGAGUUGGAGCGGCAACUCGGAGAGCUGCAAGGCUCCGGUGCGCCACUUGCGCACGAGCCGUCCCAUUCUUCACAUUUGAACCGCUCAGUGUCGGUCUCCGGAGAUGAAUCGGCUAGGCAGACGUCCACUCCUGCUUCGCAGCCGGCGAACGACAAAACAGAGUAA